AUGGCCGCUUCCCAGAAGCGAAUAACAAAGGAGCUCCAAGAGUGCACGGAGUCUCCCCCACAGGGGAUGACGAUAAGCCUACCCUCAGAAGCAGACCUAAGCAAAUGGGACGUCGUCCUCGCCGGUCCCCCCGACACCCCCUACGCAGGAGGCGUGUACAACAUCACCGUGACGCUCCCGGCAGACUACCCCUUCAAGGCGCCGCAAGUGAACUUCGCGACCCGCAUCUACCACCCGAACGUGACCAACGACAGCAUGGGCAACAUCUGCCUCGGCGUCCUGAAGCCCGAGAACUGGAAGCCCGCGAGCCGCGUGCGCGCCGUGCUCGAGGCCGUCCGCCAGCUCCUCGUCGAGCCCAACCCGGAGGACCCCCUCGAGACGCGCAUCGCCGACGAGUACAAGAACAACCGCCCCGAGUUCGACAAGAAUGUCAAGAGCUACGUCACGCGCUAUGCCAAGCCGGCCGGCAAGUAA